AUGAAGUCCUUCACUGCCAUCGUCUGCUCCCUCCUUGCGGCCUCCGUCUAUGCCGCUCCGCUCGAAGAGCGCGCACCCCAGGUGACCGUCUCUCUGACCAACGAUCAGUCCGGAGCCAAUGCCGGCGUCCAGUUUGCGGCCGACGGCACCGACAGGAGCAUUUUCGCGCUCUACGGCGGCACCCCCGUGGGCGCCGGGGGCACUGUGCUGGCUUCAUCAGCGCAGCUCACGGCCUUCCCGCAGACGAUCAACUGCGUCAUCAGAAACAAAGGCGUUCCCAUUGCCACCUUGACCGCGCAGAAAACCUUCGCCGACCUUGACGGCAAUCCGAACGCGGCCAUUCCUGUGAAUCUGAACAACGGCGUGAUCAACUGCCGUGCUUAG